AUGCGUUUAUCAAUUGAAGCAUUUGCUAAUUCAUUAAUGAUUAUUGAAUUUCUUAACUAUCCUGAUAAUUUAAUUUCAACAUUCAAUAAUCCCCAACAAUCAUUGAUAAUACCAUCAUUAUCAAGAGAUAAAAUUCAUAAUGAUGAAAUAUUAAAUACAAAUGAUCUUGCAACAAUAACAGCUGAUGAUCAAGAUGUUUAG